AAAAUGAUCGAGUUACUUAUUCAAAAUCCUCCGGAGGGGAAAUUCAACAGACGAAAAAGGCAUUAUGUGUGGGAUAUAGCGAUUUAAAGAUACAUCAUACACAGAAUGAAGGGCAUUGAAAAGAAGGAAUUCCUUGCUGUGUGUAGCAACUGAUCUGUUAAAGAGUGUCAGUACAUUAUUGGAGAGAUUGAUCCUUCCCGGCUAACACAAGAGACGUGAGGCCAUGGCUGCUGAGCCCCACGUUUGUGACGGUAUCGAUCUGAAAUGGAUGUACGCCUCAGACUCCGAAGAUGAGGAUGAUUGGUACAGUAAUUCUCCAGUGGUUUUGACUCAGGAGUUGUCCUUAAAAGGGAAAAUCAGAAGAAUUUUGUUCAGGAAUGCAGGAACAAGGCUUGGAUCCACCUUGUUUGACAUCAUUGCAAAGCUAACAUUAUGUGUACUGUACAUCAUAAGGAUACAAUUUGAUCAUUUGGAACUGUAUGCAUGCGGGGGACUUCCCUGUGGGGGGAACAACACGUACCAGGUCUACCCCGACAAUGAUGAGGAUGGGAUGAAGUUUUCCUCCGCCGAAAUCAACUGGCCAGUCCUUCUCUGGGUACAUCGCCCGGAGCCUAUCUGGAUUAUAGAAGUCAUUCUGGCCAUUUUCACCUUCUCUAAAGCCUUGCUUUUUAUUUUUAUUUCUAAGCUUAGGUUGAACAGAUCACAGCUGGGUAAAGUGGAAUUGAUGACAAAGCCAGCCUUUAUUCUAGAAGUCAUCUGUUCUCUACCAUUGAUUGUCACAUUAACCUACCCAAUGCUGCUUAGGGACCUCUUUGUUCCAACAUUCCUUAACUGCUGGCUUGCCAAAAGAGCCAUGGAGAGAUUAUUUAAUGAUCUUCACCUGACCAAACAGCGCUUCCAGACAAUAUCUGUCACCAUGUCUCAACAGCUACUAAUACUGGGAGCAACAUUAGUGUCUCUCAUCUUUACCACAGUGUGUGGGAUCCAGCACAUCCAGCGAGCCAGCCAGGAGAAGACUCUAACUUUGUUUGAGUCCUUCUACUUCACCAUUGUAACUUUCUCUACUGUGGGCUACGGGGACAUAUCUCCCGACAUCUGGCUAGGGCAACUCUUUAUGGUCCUCAUGAUCUGCAUUGCCUUCGCAUUUAUUCCAAGACAGAUAGAGGGUAUUGGUUCUAUCUGGGUGGAGAGGAAGAAGUCGGGAGGGGAGUAUUACAGCAGACAGGCCCGUAAGAACCACCAUGUGGUGGUAUGUGCCCAGAAUCUGGCAGGCGAUGCCAUCAUGGACUUCCUCACAGAAUUCUACUCCUGCCCUAAACACGAGGAAUACACAGUGAUCUUGCUGAGCUCUGAUGAGUUGAACUCCAGUAUGCACAUGAUUCUGAAGGAUCCUAAAUGGGCCAACAGGGUCAUUUACAUGAGAGGAUCGGCACUGAAGGCCGCAGACCUUAAACGAUGCAGAAUGAAUGAUGCUGAUGCCUGUUUUAUAUUAGCCCCAGAAAACUGCACCAAUAAGGACAGAGAGGACCACAACACCAUUAUGAGGUCUUGGGCUGUCAAAGAUUUCUGCCCAGAAACCAAUCAAUUCAUACAGCUGUUCAGAACGGAGAACAAAAUUCAUGUCAAGUUUGCAGAGCAUGUUGUGUGUGAGGAUGAGUUUGCCUAUGCCCUACUUGCCAAUAACUGUCUGUACCCUGGGUUGUCUACCCUUGUUUCCCUGUUAGUGCACACCUCCACUGGAUAUGAGGGAGAGAUGGCUAGCGAGCCCUGGAUGCAGCUAUACGGCCGACACUCGGGGAACGAGGUGUAUCACAUACAGCUCAGUAAAAGCAUCUUCUUCAGUAAAUACGAGGGUCAGACUUUCUGUCAUACUUCAGCAGAGGUCCACUCUAAAUUUGGUGUGUCUCUGAUUGCUGUCAUGGAGACAGACCUGGACAAAGAUAAGGACAAGGAAAUGGACCAUAAACUGAUCCUGAACCCCGGUCCCAGUUAUAUCCUCAAAGGUUCCGACUUCUGUUUCUAUCUCAGUAAAUUCAAGGAGGAACACAUGAAGAUCACCCCUAAUAGACCUGUUAAAGAGGAGAAGAAUGAGAAAAAACAGCAGCAGAGAGAGAAAAAUUAUGAGAAGAUAGCGAGUGAGCUUCAGCGUUUCCUGGAGAGCAAUCACCUGGAGUUGGACAGCAGCCCAGCGGGGGAGGAGAGCGUGUUUAAUACAAUCACCAGUCAGAUGGGGAUCGACUUCUCCUCCUCCCUCAUUGACCCCAUCCAGCCCAUCCCAGAGACCCCCGACAUCCUACAGCGGGGUGUUGGGGAGAGCGUGGGCAACACGACCGAGAACCACAAUGUACUGCUGAUGUACAACGAAAUGGCCAGUGAAGAGAGCACACCCCAGUUUUUAUCUGUAGACCAUGCAAAACCCACUGUAAAGUCAAGGUUUGUGACGGGUUGUCCCCCCAUUUUCCUGACUGGAUGUAGGAAGAGUCUGUGUCACUUAGUGAAGAAUCCUCGUCAUCCAUGCUGUCUUAGGUGGGCAGAGGAUUGUUCCCAUGUGAAUUACAAGAAUGCUAGAGAUGACAGAUGGCAGAAUCACCUGAUUAUCCUCUCAGCUGACAAAAUCUGUGUGGGGGUUUACAACUUCAUUGUGCCUCUCCGCUCCAAAUUCCUCAGCAUCAAGUCCCUGAGUCCAAUUGUUAUAAUGCUGGAGGAAGAACCCUCUAGUAUGUAUAUAGACUGGCUGUCUAAUUUCCCCAUGGUCUAUUGGAUGAAGGGAAACAUCAAAAGUGUGGAUGAUCUACUGAGAGCAGGUAUCAACAAAGCCAGUCAUUUAGUCAUCGUGAACCGAUCCUCCAAUCAAGCGAAGGAAGUCGUCCUCACAGACGCAGAUACCAUUGUCACAGUACAGUCCAUAUUUAAAUUAUUUCCCAGUAUCAACAUUCUGACUGAGAUAUCACAGACCUCCAACAUCAAGUUCAUGCAGUUUCAGCCUCAUGAUGAAUACUCCAAGAAAAUUGCAAGACUUGAAAAGAAACUGCGUGAAGAGAUGCGAUCUAGUUUGGUCCACAUUUUCCGUCUUCCCUUUGCUGCGGGUCAGGUGUUCAGCUGUAGUAUGUUAGACACUCUCCUGUAUCAGACGUGUUCUAAAGGCUACCUCAUCAAGUUUGUACGACUUCUACUGGGCAUUGACGCUGAGGAGAACUCGGGCCACCUGUCUAGUAUUAAGGUAAAGAGAGACAUACUUAUAAAGUAUAAGACCUAUGGGGAUCUCUACAUUGGCCUUUGUAAGGUCACCGGGGAAGUCCCCAUUGCUAUUUAUAGAACAGAAAGAAGGAGUGCGUUUGUCACACAUGAUGAGGAGGAGCACCACAUUACUAAAAAGGAAGAAAAGACGUCUCCCACCAAAGCCAAGAAGUCUUCCUUCAACAUUAAGCAGUUCUUUGAGCGGGCUGUCCCUAACGAUCUGUCAGAUUUUGUUCGUAGUAGGAUGACAUCCAUGUCUAUAGACCCUUCGGGGUACAGCUGUGAUGAUGAACUCAGAAGUAAACCACUUUCCUUUAUAAUCAUUAACCCACACCCACAGUGUAAACUGAAGAAAGGGGACAUUGUGUAUGUCUUACAACCAAGUUCAAUGUUUGCUAUUCCAAGCCGAGUGCAGCACAAACACAACUGGAGACGACGUAAAUCUUGGAGUGAGGGAAUCCACAACAGGACAGAGCCGGAACCCCCAGCUAGGUCUCGGACACAUUCCAUAGAUAUACCAUCUAGAAAUGUUACAUUUAAAUCUCCUGACUCCAAUAGCGAGGAGUUAUCUCCCAUGUUAGAUAACAGUGUAGAGGUGAAGUCGGAUGCUGAGCCACUAGACUCUGUAGACUUUGCUCUACCUAAAGCCUCCACAGCUAAAGUCCAGAGAGGCACGGCUCCCAUAUUUAACUUCACAUUCCCUGAGUCUCCAGAUACAGCAAUCGAUGACAGUAGUAAGCAAUCUCGCAGUGCAACGAAUUUGUCCAAUAACAAUGACAGUAGUAAGAAAUCUCGCAGUGCCACGAAUUUGUCCAAUAAUAAUGAUAUGGAACUGAAGGAUCUCUCCUCAGAGAAACCUGUGAAUACACCAGUAGAGGCCGUUAGGGAACCCCCCAAAAUAGUCAUUACCAGGACCCCCACAAAAAUAUUCCAGACGGAGAGGGUCGACGAAUGAGGCUGGGUAUUAUUGACAACGAACUUACAUAGGUUUAUGUGGAAUAUUUCAUUCUUAUUCAUUCUUACCUCUUAUUUCUUGGGCAUUUUCUUUUGUUAAAAGAUACAUUCGUUUCAAGUCAACAGACCAAUUUUGAUUUUUCAUAUUUUAACAGAACAUUCCACACUACUGGGCAUUUUUUCAAGUCAUUGGUAUGUUUCGUCCAUAUUUUAUGUGAAUUGAUAUGUUUGAAUAGUAGAUUUUACAAAAAUAUAUUAUGUCACAAUUAAUAAAAAGACACUUUAAGGCACAGUUUUAUGUGCCUUUUUAGAGUGUUAUGGUUUUAAAGAGCAAAAAAUGGAAGAAUGCAGAUCAGUUAUAGGAAUAUAUUUGUCCUUUUUUGCAGUUUGAGAUCAUAUUGUAUCUAAUUUUUUUAUUGCUUGUUUCUACAAUUACACUGCAAGCUUUUUAAUACAUGUAUAAUGGUAAUUUCACAUAUUUACAUUUUUCAUCAGAUUUUAUCCAGGGUAAAUACUGCUGAUAUGAUGUACUGCAGUUUACAAACUGUUCAGUAACCAGUUAAUGUGUCAUUCAAGCUAUGCAUACAUGAAAAAUAAUAACACACAAUAUAUGCAUGUAUCCUUGUAUUAGUGUAUUAUAAUUGAAAUAUAAGUAAUUAUAUCUUUUGAACCAGGUUGUAGGGUAAAACAUUUUUAUCAGCAUGUUAACAUCAAGUGUUGGAUAAAGAUAAACUUUUACACAAAUGAUAUUCAUAUACAUGUGCACUGUUUUAAGUGUAAUGUACCCUCUAAUAGUACAUGUAUCAUUAGCAGAGACAGUGGAAAAUUUGAGGAUAAAUACAUUCAAUACAUGUACAGUAUCGUUUGGAUCCACUAUUUUCAGCAGAUAUUUUGGGAUGAAAUUUCUUGUAACAUUUAAUUGUGAUACCGUAUAGGGGGUUAUUUUAGCGGGGUGUUAAUUUUGGCGUUUUCAUGAUAGUCCGCUAAAAUUUGAAUCGCUACAAUAUUCAGUACUCUUCUUGGUGUUCAUCUGCAAAGAGAUGAAAUCUUGUGUCUGCUAAAAUAAAUUGCUUCAAAAUUAUUGGCAUAACUUUGAGCAGGCAAAACACCAAAUUUUACACCCACCAAGAAAACCCCAUGUAAGGUUCCAUAAAAAAUUACAGUUAAAUGUUUGGUUGAUGAAUUUGAUAAUGUUUUAUAGAUUGACAUUAUUUUUGGCAUAUAAUGACUUUUCCAAUAUAAGCUUGAUGCCACUAUCUUAUCUUAUGAAUUUUAUUUUUUUUAUAUAAAAAGACAAACAAACAAGGAGUUUACCCAAUGAAGCCUGGAUUUAUAAGUUAACCAGAUCAAUGUUGUGGAUUAGUUUAGUUUUAGAGGACAUAAUUUUUAGUUCCAGCACAGUUGGUUAUGGCAUACCUGCAUAAUAAGCAAAAUCUAUCAUAAAAUGUAGUUAAGUUUUUUUGUAGCCUCUAGAUGUCUAAAGAUAACGGGAACAGUAAACAGAAUUGUACAUGUAUGUAAAAUUAAUGUCAGUGCAAGUUAAGUAUUUUUUAAGAAUCUCAGUUUUCCAAAUAUUUUCAUAUUUAAUAUAUUUACAGUAUGUGUAAACAGUACAACUUAAAAGAAGAAUACUUUUAAAAAGUACAUGCCUUGUGUAAUAAUUUCAAGCAUAUAUAUUAAAGUGCCUAUGCUUUUACAGUCUGAGAUUUAUUUGAAAACUUUGUCAUAAUUGCAUCAAGAUUGUUAUAUUUUAUACAUUUUUUACAGUGUUAUAAGGAUGUGACCAGUUACUUUUCUACAAUAAAA